AUGAGGAGAAAACCAAAACUGCAACUUCGGCGCGCUGCUUCCAAAGCUCUACCAAAAAUGAGUAAUGAUGAUGAUAGUUCAAAAAAUGAAUCCCAUGAGUCUAAGGAAUUAGAUGAUACUCCUGCAACUAAGGCAAUUGCAAAAGCUACUGGUCAAAAGAAAAGUAGCAGUGAAGCAGAGAGCUCCAGUGAUAGCUCAAAGGAUGAGUAA